CCGAUCGCUUCCAGUCGGCGAUCAUCCUCGGCACGGUCGCGCAACGUUCGACGGAACGGUUGAUGAUCCCCCUAAUGCGGUCUUAACGAUCGCUCGGAGAGCGAUUCCAGCUGCGGUACAGACGGAAGAUUUCGGAUCGAUACUAAUUGACGACGGAUGCGCUCCUCGAUGGUGAUCGACCGUCGCAAACUGCAAACGAUCGAGCGAAUGAAGAACGGAUGACGAGAGGAUUUUCGCCGAGUAUACGAUGAACAUAUAGGAUAAGAAGAAUAUUGUAAACGAUAAAAAGAGGGCAUAUUAUGCUCCGGUAGAAACGCAUAUUCAAUCACGGAAAAAAAACAGGAGAAAAAUAUGAAGAGAGGAAAUCUCAGAUCGAGAAUCUCGUUGAGCGUCGUCGCGUUGUGACUCAUUUACGACUGCACGUGAUAAGGAUCGAUAGAAAAAAUGGUGUUCGACGCGAUGUGCGAGGAGCAGAGGAAGCAAUUCUUCAGGCAGAGCUAUGGCGCUCAUUUACCCGGGUACACGGGUCAUUGUCCCACCCUCAAAUUUCGCGUUGGAAAGAGAUUCGGAGCGAGUACGGAGGAGAUAAUGAAGGAAUUAUUGGAAAAGAAGAUUCUUAAGACUGGACCAUAUAGACCAAAGUCCGGUAGAGAAGCCGAGUUACCAAUUCUUCAGGAUAAAGAAAUCAGAAGAGAUUGGCCUAACGAAGCUGGAUCGUACAAGGCACCUCCGUACAUUCUAGGAUAUACCGGAUAUAUUCCUGGUUUCAACAACAGAUUUGGUCUAUCCUUCAUGAGAGCUGUGGAAGCUGGUGCCAAAGAGUGGCACGAGGCACAAAUGAAACUGAGAGCGCAACGAGAUGCGAUGAGGGCUCAUGCCGAGCGGACAGAUCCAAGAAAUCUUCUAUCCCGAGCGAGAACCGACAAUGUGGAUAUUGAGAUCGAUCACGGUCAUGACAAAGACAGAAGGACCUAUGAUUAUCAUGUCUCCCCAGAAAGACCGCCAAUUGUCGGUUAUACAGGCCACAUUCCAGGAGCGAAGGGAGAAGUCGCGCUUUCCAAGAGAUACGCUCAAGCCGCUAAAAAAGGAUUAGAACGUGUCCAAAGGGAACGUGAAGAAAGGCUCAGUAGGACUAAAGAUAUGAGCGCUGUUGAGAGAGUCCUUGACAAUGCGUAUCUCGACGAAACAGGACACACGCGUGCAUAAGAUGACACAGGAAUAUGGU